AUGGAUGUUCUGACCCUCAAUGAUCCUCAUGAAGGUAUAGCUGUUGCACAGAAAGCUGUGGUGAUACCAAGUCCUCCGUGGACCCCUGUCUUCAAGGAGGAGAAGGUGACUCUGACUUGCAAAGGAUUCAAUUUGCUAAUUCCAGAGAAAUCCUGGUGGUACUAUGAGAGACGAUGGCAGGAAAAGUCAAAUCCUAUUGAGGUUACAAAGAAUGGAGAGUACAGAUGCCAUUUUCAGAAUCUAUCCUCUAGUGAUCCUGUAGACCCGGUAUUUUCCAAUGAUUGGUUGAUUCUUCAGACUCCAUACUUAGUGUUUGAAGGAGACACUCUGAACCUGCAAUGCCGAGCGUGGAAGAAUUACUCACUCAAAGAGAUUUCAUACUAUAAAAAUAAAAAGCCCAUUUCUGUUGUUAGUGAAAGUUCAACAUUUUCAAUCCCCCAUGUAAAUCCACAGCACAAUGGUCGGUAUAAUUGUAAGGCCAAGUUUAAAAAAUGGAAUUCUGUAGAAACUUCGAAAGAAGUAAAGCUCCAGGUCCAAGAACUGUUUCCACCCCCUGAGCUGAAAGCCACAACCUCCCAGCCCACAGAGGGGACCUCAGUGACCCUGAGCUGUGAGACCCAGCUCCCUUCCCAGAGGUCAGACACCAAGCUGCACUUCUCCUUCUUCAGAGAUGGCAGAGUCAUCACAUCCAGCUGGAAGAAUUCCCAGGUGCUCCAGAUCCCAGUCAUCUGGAGGGAAGAUUCAGGAUCAUAUUGGUGUGAGGCAAAAGCUGUGACUCAGGAUGUCUAUAGACAGAGCAAACACUUGAAGAUCCAAGUAAAGAGAAUCCCUCUCGCUGGCAUCCUCCUGGAAACUCAGCCCUCUGAGACGCAGGUGAUUGAAGGAGAAAAGUUAAUCCUCAUCUGCUCAGUAGCUGAGGGCACAGGAAAUAUUACAUUUUGCUGGCUCAAAGACGACACCAAAGAAUGUAUAAAAAGGAGAACACAACACUCCUUGAAGGAUGAGUUAGUGUUGUCUAUGAUGACGAAGAGUGAUGAAGGAGAAUAUCAUUGCAUUGCUAACAAUAACAUCAGCACCAUUGCCAGCAAUUCAGUGGCUAUCACUGUGAUAAUUCCAGUGGCUCAGCCUCUUCUCACUCUCAGUGCAAUUGGGAUGCAGGCUAUUGCAGGGGAUGUGGUGGAGUUUCGAUGCGAAGCCCUCCGAGGUUCUGCUCCAAUCUUUUAUCAGUUUUAUCAUAAGGACUUAAUCUUGAAGAAGAUAUUGGCCCCAUUUGGAGGAGCAGCAUCCUUUAAUCUCUCCGUGACACCUGAGCAUUCUGGGAAUUACUUUUGUAAGGCCAACAACAGUUUUAAUAGCCAGCGCAGUGAGAUGCUGUCACUCUCCAUUUCAGACCCUAAAAAAAGGAACCUACUCAUCAUGGGAAUCACUGUGUCCUUGCUUGGUAUCAUGGUCAUUGCUGCUAUUGCCCUUCUGGUUUACUUCAAGUUCCAAAGGAAAUCAGGAGGAAGUUCUGCCCCAGAGCCUUCCAGGGACCCACCUGUCACACACCUCCAAGAAUCAGGCCACUUAAAAUCAACCACCCCAAUGGAGCUGCAGCCAGUAUAUACCAAUGUGACUCCAUUCAUUGAGGAUGUGAUCUAUUCUGAAGUCUGGAGUAUAAAUCAGGGGAGACUAGACACAGCAAACAACUCAGAGAGCCCUCCAGAAAAAAUGGACUUCUCAGUUUUGUAUUCUGAUGUGAAGACAUAUAGCCCUAGUAAUUCAACAAGGAACAAUAAGAAUAUGGAUAGGAACCAUGAAGAUGAUACAGAAAAUUAUGAAAAUAUCCUAUUCUCCUGACUUUGUGAUCCCA